GGGACAUGUCUAUGUCUCAGCUCCUUGAUUUGUCACAUCCUUAUGCUGAAAUAAGUUCUGAUGGAAGAGUAUGCGUAGCAAAGGCAGAACAUAGUGGUGGGGUCUUAAAUUUCAGUACUUGUGCUCAACAACUUCUGUACGAAAUUGGGGACCCCAGUAGCUAUGUCACCCCUGAUGUGAUUAUUGAUCUUCAGAAUGUUUCAUUCUCUCCCUUGUCAAGUUGCAAGGUUCUUUGUGUUGGAGCAAAAUCCUCUGUUGGUUCGGUCCCUGAAAAACUCAUACAAUUGAUUCCAAAGGUGAUGCUUUUAAUGUUUCUGGCUGAUUCAUUAUGUAAUACAUAAGCAGCAAAUGGAGGU